AUGGGAUCGGUGUCCAACGGGAAGGUAGGGCCUCCGGCCUGCCAGGCGGUCUCCCCCGAGCUGUCACCUGAGCGACCCUCUCAGGUGCUGGCUCUGGUUUCGAACAGUUCCCUCGGUUUUGCUGCCAAUGGCAUUACCUCGCCGGGAAGCCCACGGGGUCAUCCCCUGAGGAUUUGUGGUCCGUCGGCGCUUGCACCGCAGCAGGAGCAGAUCGUUUUUACAACUAGCCCUCAGCCCUUGCCUUCCCCCAGCAGCAGCAACGCGGCUCCGCUGCCCUUGCAAUGCAGCCGGGUUUCCAAAAUACCAGAAAAAGUGCUGGUGGGGCCUGCCAUGCUUUCCCUAGAGCCCGACGUACUCCCUCAGCGGCCAGCGUCCCCUCAGGACCAGCCCGUGGUCCUGAGCACCAACAGCCCCGCCGCUCUCAAGGUGGGCACACAGCAGAUCAUCCCCAAAAGCCUGGCUUCCGAAAUAAAGGUGACGAGCAAAGGUAGCAGCCAGAACGCGGAGACGAGCAAAAGGGUGCUGAAGGUGCGCAGCAUGAUGGAGAACCUCAGCGUGCCCUUGGUAUCCGAUGGCGGGGAAGAGGCCGAGGGCGACCUGGACAGCCCGGGGACCCUGAGGCGAGGCCUGAGGUCGACAUCCUACCGCAGGGCAGUGGUGAGCGGCAUGGACUUCGACAGCUCUUCUGAUUUCAAGAAGAAAAACAGAAUGUCCCAGCCCAUCCUUAAAGCAGUUGUUGAAGAUAAAGAGAAAUGUUCAAGCCUGGGGAGGAUAAAGAAGAAAAUGCUGAAAGGACAAGGGACGUUCGAUGGGGAAGAAAAUGCUGUAUUAUAUCAGAACUAUAAGGAAAAAGCUCUGGACAUAGAUUCUGAUGAAGAGCCUGAGCUCCGAGAGCAGAAAUCGGAUGAAAAGGUGGUUUUUUGCUAUAAGCCCCUGAGAUCAACGUGGAGUCAGCUGUCUGUUGUAAAGAAGAAUGGAUUAUCAGAAACGAUCAGCCAGGAAGAAAGAAAAAGACAGGAGGCGAUAUUUGAAGUUAUAUCUUCUGAGCAUUCUUAUUUGCUGAGCUUGGAGAUUCUGAUCCGAAUGUUUAAAAAUUCCAGGGAACUGAGCCUCACAAUGACCAAAACAGAGAGCCACCACCUCUUCUCCAAUAUCACAGAUGUUUACGAAGCAAGCAGAAAGUUCUUUAAAGAACUUGAGGCAAGACAUCAGAACAACAUCUUUAUUGAUGAUAUUAGUGAUAUAGUUGAAAAGCAUACUACUUCAACGUUUGAUCCCUAUGUCAAGUACUGCACCAAUGAAGUCUAUCAGCAGCGGACACUGCAGAAAUUACUAGCCACAAAUCCAGCGUUUAAGGAGGUGUUAUUGCGGAUUGAGUCCCAUGAAGACUGCAGGAAUUUACCAAUGAUCUCUUUCCUCAUUCUUCCCAUGCAGAGAGUUACUCGCCUUCCCUUGCUCAUGGAUACUGUUUGUCAGAAAACUCCUAAGGAUUCACCAAAAUAUGAGGACUGCAAGCGAGCUCUGAAAGAAGUGAGCAAGUUGGUGCGCUUAUGCAAUGAAGGUGCUCGGAAAAUGGAGAGGACAGAAAUGAUGUACACCAUUAACUCCCAGCUGGAAUUUAAAAUCAAG